AAGGCAGUCAUUGAGCCGCCUGAGAAUGCGACUGCAAUUGAAAACAAAGCUGUCACAUGGACUUGCAAAUAUUCUGGAAGCGAUCUAACACAGUGCAUACUAGAGAAAAUGUUACCUAACGGAAAUUUCUCUCCUGUAUUCAAACUGAAAUCCGGUUGUAUUGCUUACUAUCCCCGAAUAAACUUUACAUUCUCUUGCAACAGUACUGUAUUUAAGAUUACGAAAGGAUACGUUCCAAGAAGUGAUCAUUUGUCAACAUGGAGAUGUAGAUUCGUUACCAACUCUCUGCCAGUCCAAAACCUAUUCUCAGAAAGUUCAAAACUAAUUGUCCAAGUUCCAAUUCACAAUGUAACGAUGACAGUACCAAAUGGCAAUCUGAUUUAUGUAAUAGAGAACAAAAGGUCUACAUUCAUCUGCAAUACAUCGGAAGGAUACCCGGAGGCUAAAAUCAGCUGGUUUAUUAAUUCAAAGACACCAUAUAACACUACAGAUGAAAAAGAGGUUACAAAAGACUCUUCGCAAUUAUCUGACCAGAACAAAUAUCCUUUUUCCGUGGAAAGUAAACUUCAACUGUAUCCUUCUAAAAACUACAAUGGAACUAGAAUCUAUUGUAAGGCAAGUAACGUUGGAAACAAGGUACCGGUCACUUCUGGCAGGAAACCGUUGCUUUACGUCCAGUAUCCACCAACAUCGCCACAUUUCUAUAUUGAUUCCCUGCAUGUCCCUGUUGAAAAUGUUUCGGUUAUAUUGAAUAACACGAUAUCGGUUUUCUGCGAAAGCAACAGCGAUCCAAAGUCAAAGUAUGCUUGGACUCUUCCAAAUAGGACAGAUAUCCAAACCAAUGUUUUAACGUUUGGCAAUGUCCAGAAAGAAGACGAUGGAAAAUAUUGUUGUAUGGCUGAAAAUUGGAUUAAAACACCAGAUGGAAACAUUACAAAGCGCACCAAUGAAAGUUAUAUUCAAUUGUCCGUGUUAUUUCCACCAGAAAACCCGUCAUUGUAUUACCACGAAGCUAAUGGUGUAAUGAAUAUUAAGAGCUUGCCGUUGAAAGUUGUGAAAGGAGAUAGUAUAAAAAUUUCUUGUAAUUCAACCGGAAAUCCACAGCCUCAUUCUCAAUGGGAUGGCCAUGGUAACGACAAUGAAAUAAAGUAUACAUCCAUUGAAAAAAACCGUACUAUCUUGUGCAAGGCAACGAACCAGAUGAAUGACACACUGGGAAACGUUACACAUGGUACUUCCGAAACAAACUUAACUAUACAUGUUAUGUAUCCACCAACAGAGCCAACCUUACUGUUUAGCACGGACACAAUACCGGAAAUGCGUGUCUCGAAACCGUUACGCAUAAUCGAAAACAGCACUUUUACGUUACGUUGCCUCGGACAUAGUGAUCCAUAUCCUUCUUACCACUGGACGAAUCAAAGUGUAGUUAACAAUUCGCUAAUUAUAAAUAAUACUCAGAGACAUCAGUCAAGGCAUUUCACAUGUAACGUAAAAAAUGUCAUGAACAGAACCUUUGGAAGGCAGGAACAAGGAACAAAUAGCACUAGCAUUUCUGUCGAUGUACUUUGUAAGUGAAUUUAUAUAUUCAUUAUAUAUACUAUAUAUAUAUACUGUAAAAUAAAUAAUGAAAUACUUUUAGGUUCUUUCCGGUCGAGACGAUUUCUCCUGAAUAGCUUGCGAGGUUCU